CGUUAGCUUUACACAGUGCUCAUCUCCACUGUGGCAUCCCUGUUUCUCUCCAGUCCACAUAUUCACGACUUCUACCGUCGGCAGAAUUAAAGGAUGUCGUGGCCUGAAUCAUGUUACUGGCACAUGUUAAUAUGAGGAUAAAGAGAUAAAUAAACGACCAGUUUGAGUUAAAUUAAGUGAAAUUGAAGUGGAGUGAUGAUGUUUGCUGUUGACUGAAGUCUCACUCAAAGUCAAGAAGCAAAAUGAAGAGGAGGCUGCUUCGUGGUUUCCUGUCGGAGGUUUCUGUCCGGAUGGUGCUGUUAGUUAUAUUCCUUGUGACAGAGCAGCUUCCUCCUUUCUACCGUGAGAUCCAGUCAGAGGAGAUGUGGUUGUAUAAAUUCCAUCGUGUGGAGAGAGACCACGUGCCCACCUCUCUUAUGUUUAGUGUGGCAGUUUUCACCCCACUGAUUGUAAUCGUGAUUUUCACCUUUCUGAAGAAGGCAGAGCGAGGAGAUCUAAAGGAGGCCACUCUGGCUGUGACUCUGACCCUGGUGCUGAAUGGAGUUUUCACCAACGUCAUUAAGCUUGUUGUUGGCAGGCCACGGCCAGACUUCUUCUAUCGCUGUUUUCCAGAUGGUCAGAUGAACCUGGAAUUGCGCUGCAGUGGUGACCCAGAUGUUGUAAUGGAGGGCAGGAAGAGCUUUCCCAGCGGACACUCCUCCUUUGCUUUUGCAGGUUUGGGUUUCACGGCGCUGUAUAUCGCAGGAAAGCUGCGCUGCUUCAAUGCAGCUGGCCAAGGCAGAGCGUGGCGGCUGUGUGCUUUCCUCACACCACUACUCGUCGCGACAGCGAUUGCCCUCUCGAGAACCUGCGACUACAAACACCACUGGCAAGAUGUAUUAGUGGGUUCUCUGCUGGGUCUUGCCUUUGCCUGGCUGUGUUAUAGACAGCACUACCCUCCACUUCAGGACCCUGACUGCCACAGACCUCUUCGUCACAGAGAGACUGUUCCUGCUGCACAAGAGCGUAAACUGGCCAACUCCAACUACAUCCUUCCCCUGUAGAGCGCCUGUAACUGGAUCACAGUCUUUACUGGUGUCAUGUAUUCAGGGUUAAAUGGUGAUCCUUUUAAUUCUGGUUUCCACACCCUUAGGGCUGGGUAGUAUAUCAAUAUUUAUCAUUGUAGCUGUACUGUGUAAAUUUUUUUGUGUGGUGAAAAGUAAGGUCAGAUAAUCCUGAAAGUCACACAUUUCUUUUGAUUGAUUUUUCAGACAUUUGAGAGUUGCUGUAAGUAACAACUCCAAUUGAACAGUUCAACGUGCUGGACUUCAACUACAUAUACAACUUGAAGUGUGAAUUUCUAAAUCUAAAUGGACAUUAUUACUUACAACAUUUACAAGUAUUGAAGGGCCUGGUGAAUACCGUGACACAUACUAAUAUCCAUCCAACCCUACACACUCUGUGUAUUGUGCCUAUAUUGUAGAUCACAUUGCUUCAAAGGCUCACAAUAGCUUAGCAGGUUAACUACACAAGCACUGCACUAGUAGUCCACUGCCCACCAGUCAAUGGCUCACCUGCUGUGAGGCAGUUUCUAAUUUUAGAUCACUAUUUUGCGAUUGUUUUUUAAACUUUUUCAGUAAACAGGGUUGAGACUUGAAAAAUCUACAGUAUUGGAUGUUUGUGCUUGAAUGUUCAUGACUGGAUUUGGGAAACUUGGUGCAUAGAAUUGGAGCUCCACAAAGAUGAGGCAAUAAAUCAAUUAGUCAAUGGACAGAAAAUUAAUCAACUACAAUUCUGAUAAUUGAUUUAUCUUUUAUUUAAUUUAUCAGCCAGUAAUGUAAAACAUUUGUUUGCAGCUUAUCAAAUGUAAAGUUUUUUGUCAUUUUAAAUUGAAUAUAUCAGGGUUGGACUGUCCAUAAGACAAUACGAGCAAUUUGAAGUGAAAAAUUCAGAUUUGUUAUUUUUUUGUAAUUUUUUAACCUUUAUCAGUCUAAAUUAUUAAUCAAACAUUUAAAAUACAGUAGUUAAACUAUUAGGCAUAACUAAAACAAUCAAUAUUUCUAACCCAAGCUCAAACAAUUCCAAUUAUUUACAAUUGAAAACUUUUAACUGCAUCUCAAAGCCCUCUUCAGCGAAUGGAGUUGGUUCCAGUGUGAUCACAAGCCGUAAAUUUAAAAUAACAAAUAUGGCUGGAAAAAAAAAUAGAUUCAAGGAGGGCAUCCUUGAGCCUGUACAGGGGCUACAAUCUCCACUGUAUGUAACCACUUAAAAUCAUGUGUCUGAAUGUUUAAAUUUAGGUAAGAUACCAGUUGAUACCACUUGAACCAGCUGAACUCACUAAGGGAGACUGAGAUAAGGUUGAAUGUUCAAUAUAAUCAUGGGCUCAUGGUACAUACCAGCAUAUGACCCAUUCCUGUCUGAAAGCAUACAUUUAGUUGCCUUUAUGUGUAAAGCAGGAUAAUCAAAACCACUUUUCACGUCUUUGAUCACCGCGGUUCAGCCCUACUGCCUCUGACUUGAGCGCUUUAAAUCUCCCUGUCUUCCUAUAUUAUAUUUUGAAUGUUUUCAUUCACGGAUAGUUUUAUUCAAAUCUGGAUAGGAUUCAUAUGCCCAGUCAAGUAUAAUGCCCUGAUGUAGCAGUUCCACUCAUCUCUUCACACAGUGUUGGCUGUAGUUUAAAAAUAAAAAAAGUAAAAGUAAUCACAUCUCCACAGUACAUCUGCUAGUAUGUCCACAAGUUAAAAUGACUGUAAAAGAACUAUGAGAUAAAUGUUUUGCUACAUCACUGGUCUCAGGCUUACUGUAGGUCCGGUUUUCGUUACUGCACGCUCUCCUGGCUGCCAACCCGUCUAAAGUGUGAAUGUUGACCAGAGGUGGAUAGACGUGGUGUAUAGGUGUUCAUUGCUGGAGUGACAGUGGAACCAGAUCUUUCUGAUCAACCUGAGUGAGAUCGGACUGUAACCACUUCAGGUGAUGGUGCUAGCCUCCCAGUGCUCCUGCUGGCAAGGCUUUCAGUCCUGUUAAUAGUUUUAUUGGCAUGUAAAAUUUGGUGUAAAAGUUUGUGCUUUUUUUUCUUUCUUUCUUUUUUUUGUUCCAACAACUGUCAUUUUAAAACGGUGAACUUUCUUGUUAAAUUUUGUCCUGUUUUAUCUUUUGGUUCAUUUUUGUAAAGUUGGUUUUCAAAUGGAAGGAACAUGCCAGCUGUUAUGUGUGAUGUGACUGUUUGUGCAAGUUGAAACACAAGAAACAACCAAAUCUCUUAUGUUUCUGUUGGUGCAUGAAACCAGACAAAGUUUUGCAGGGUCAAAGCACUUUUGCUUGUUGCUGUGAAGCAAGCGUAAAGCAGCUGGGUCACAGUGUCUUUAGACCAAACUUGGCAGGAAAAAAACUGAUGAAUUUGUGCCUUUGUUUACUACAUUAUUUUAUUACUCUGAAUGAAGUAUAUAUUGCAUGUUGCGGUGUUUCAUCUCUGUCAUGUUGGCUCUGUUCUCAAUCUUUUUUUUUUUAUUGUUUUACAGUGUAUAGAGGUCAGUUGGGAAGACACUACAUGAUGUUUAAAUGUGGCAUGCUGCCUUUCCUUACCUCAGAAAAAAUCUUCACUUUCCAUAGAUUUUGUUGCUGAUGGGUUCAAGUGUAAAGAUUUCAUGGUGGAAAUGUCAAAUUUACAACAGAGUAGCCAAGAGGAGGAAAAACUUGAAUUUUUACAAAACUUUGAGACAAAUUAGUAUCUUAAUUUACUCAGUCUUGCAGGUAUUUAUGAGAUGAUGUACAGGUCUAAGUGUAUUUAAUUUUGGGAUAUGUAAGAAUUAACUUGAAUUUUCAAUAUUUAUAUGUCUACCUUAAAUGUUGUAGUGUUAUUUUAUGGAAAUAGAAAUAAUGUUUAUGGGCACAUGGGUUUCUUUGGUAUCUGUCAGACAAAAAACAAUUGGUUAGACUGCUGCAUUUUGGUAGAAUCUUGCACGUUUCACAGCUUAAGAGCAACAUACUUUCCUCAUUACAUUUCCUAAACUUCUUAUAUUUCCAUCCAUUUCUAUGAAUUUGUGAUUUUCAGCACAUGUAUACUGUAUCAGGCUGGUGGUCAUGUCUGCUCUUCUUCAGAUUUAUUGUCACAAUGAGGGAUUAUACCAAAACUUGCCUGCUUUAUUUGUGUCAUGCUCAGCCUAAUUUAACUUGGCCUGCAGGACCGCAUACAGUAUCCUUAUUGUACAUGUUGUGAUGCUUUUAAUGAAUCUUUGAGUGACACUAAAUGGUGUUUCUAAAUAACAUUGCAA